AAAGCACAACACUGAGCAGGUCACAUCAAGAGAAGGUGGUGUCUGCUUCUCAGCUUCAGGAAAGGGGCUGGGAAAGAAACCCAAAGUCGUGAGUCUGGUGGAGCCCUGCGUGUUUCCAAACGCCCUGCUCCGAGUUCAUCCCACCAGUAAGGCUGUGCAGCGUGAGAACUGCUUGUUGUGGUCAGUUUUCAGUUCUCUCUUGCUCCUGGACCUUGUUCCAAAUUUGAUGUGCUGGAGAGGGAAGCAUGUUAGCAAAGGAACUUGCCUGAAUGCUGAGUACUUUGUAACUGUGUGUGCCUGAAUGCAUCAGCCUUUGGAGGUGAGCGUCUUCCCUUGAAACAGCCUCGUGAUAGCCAAGUGCCUUCUCUCUUGGGAAGUCCCUCGGAAGUGCCUGUCUGUACGUCUGACUGGGUGCCUGACGGGGCUGCCUUGCUUCCAGACCUGAAGCAUGUCCCACCCAUCCUGGCUGCCUCCCAAGAGUACCAACGAGCCUGUUGGCCACGUUACUGCAAGGAUGGAGACCACACACACCUUUGGCACUCCCAGCAUCUCCGUGUCCACCCAGCAGACCCCAAAGAAGUUUGCGCCUGUGGUCGCCCCCAAACCAAAGUACAACCCAUACAAGCAACCAGGAGGUGAUGGGGACUUCCUUCCUCCCCCUCCCCCUCCUGUGGAUGACCUUGGGAACAUCACAUCAUCACAAGGUGCCUUUCCCCCCCCACCCCCUCUGGAUGAUGUUACUUACAAUGUACAGGUGAAUCCUGGUGGCAAGACCCUUGAGGAGAGGAGGUGCAGUUUAGAUGCAGAAAUUGAUUCUCUGACCAGCAUCCUGGCCGACCUAGAGAGCAGCUCUCCAUACAAACCUCGGACUCAACAGGGCUCUGGGACCUCAAGCAGCUCCGCUGCCACCACCCCAUCCGUGUCCACUCCUGUCACUGGCCACAAGCGGAUGAUCAUCCCCAACCAGCCUCCCCUCACUGCCACCAAGAAGUCCACUGCCAAGGGCCCAGGGCAGCCAGCGCCCAUCCCAGUCACUCCUGUUGGCACCCUGAAGCCGCAGCCGGUGCCGGCCUCCUACGCCACGGCCUCCACGCCGAGCCGCCCGGCCUUCAACGUGCAGGUGAGGACGGCGCAGCCCAGCCCGCACUACCAGCCGCCCAGCCCGCAGCCCGGCCACUACGGCAGCCUGGGGCCCGGCCAGGCCUACGCCACCGCGCCGUCCCGCCAGCCCGCUGCCCCUCAGUACGGAGCGCCGCAGCCCCAGGGGCCUGGCUAUGGCUACGGCCCUCCGCCCGGCAGGCCUGCCGAGCCCGCCUACGGGUACGCGCCCCCGCAGGGCCGCUACCAGGAAACCUACUACGGGGGCUACGGCGGCAGGAACGGCUCUGAGGCGCCCUACGUGCUGCAGAGCUCCUGGAAGGCCGAGCCGGCGUAUCCUGCGAGUAAUGCCAUGGGCCAGGCUCCCCCUGCACUCUACCAGCCACCGGGCACGAAGAAGACCUACAUCACUGACCCAGUGCUGGCCCCGCAGCAGCCCGUCCUGCAGCAGAAGAGUGGGUAUCCAAGCUCUGGACCUACAUCAAGCACUCCUGCCUUCAGACCUGAGGAUGAGCUGGAACACCUGACUAAGAAAAUGCUGUAUGACAUGGAGAAUCCUCCGUCUGAUGAGUACUUUGGACGCUGUGCCCGCUGCGGGGAGAAUGUUGUCGGAGAGGGCACCGGUUGCACAGCCAUGGACCAAGUCUUCCACGCGGAUUGUUUCACCUGCAUAAAGUGCAGCGGCAAGCUGAGGGGACAGCCUUUCUAUGCUGUGGAGAAGAAAGCCUACUGUGAACCCUGCUACAUUAAUACACUGGAGCAGUGCAGUGUCUGUGCAAAGCCCAUCAUGGAAAGGAUCCUGCGAGCCACUGGGAAGGCCUACCAUCCCCACUGCUUCACCUGUGUGAUGUGCCAUCGCAGCCUGGAUGGGAUCCCCUUCACUGUGGAUGCUGGUGGCAACAUCCACUGCAUUGAGGAUUUCCAUAAGAAGUUUGCCCCGAGGUGUUCUGUGUGUAAGGAGCCCAUCAUGCCAGCCCCGGGACAAGAGGAGACCGUGCGCAUUGUUGCCCUGGAUCGUGACUUCCAUGUCCAGUGCUACCGGUGCGAGGACUGUGGUGGCCUCCUGUCUGAAGGGGACAAUCAGGGCUGUUACCCUCUGGAUGGGCACAUCCUCUGCAAGACCUGCAACUCUGCUCGGAUCCAGGCUCUGACUGCCAAGGCCAGCACUGAUCUCUGAGUAUCAACUGUGACCCUCCCCAGGAUGCCCAUUGGGAGAUAUUGCACAAGCUUUGCAUGAUUUCUUUCCAACCUAGGGUCUGAAUCUCUUUUAUUGAAAAAAAGAAAA